GGAAAACGCAGCUCCGAGUGUGUUCAGAGAGCGGACGAGAGACGCUUCAGAGCAGGAGUCAGCUGCUGCAUCCGUAGACGGAGGACAGAACAGCCGCCUGAGUCUGACGCUGAGCACUGACCAAGCUGCGGUACUUGUUGACUUGAGAACGGGCCGGGUCUGCCUCCGUCUCCACCACGAAACAUCAGGGACAGUUGUCCCUAACCUGAGGGGGUGAUGGGAAACGUGGACAGCAGCGUGGUCUCUCCUGCCCGGGCCUCCUGUUCGCUGCGGGUCUCUUCCAGGAGGGAGGAGGUGCCGUCAGCUCGCAGCUGGUGGAGGAGCAGUCAGGGAGGCUGCAGGGGCCGGGGGAGGAGCUACCUGAGCCAGCACGCCACUGCCGGCCCUCCGUGCGCCUCCUGGCAUUAUGAGCACAAGGUGGUUCCUCAAAAGGUCAUCAGGGGGAGCCAGUUUGGCUACGUGGAGAACGGCGGCGUCGGUAACGGGAUGUGUGGCGAGCGGGCAUCCCUGGAGAGCAGAGGCAGUCCAAAGGUGCUGCUCAGCAAAGAUGGCAGCAUGAGGGUGGAGUUCACCAACGCCAGGGGCGUCACCAUGGAGACACAGGGGCUUGGCGGCCUCCCCGCCGCCACCGCUGCCCCCCCAGUCGCUGAACCUUCCCUCCGCACCAGUAAAGGCAGCUCGCUCAGCUCCGACGGCUCCUGGUACGACUCGCCAUGGGGGACUGGCGGCGAGCUGAUGGACAAUGUGUUCGUCUGUGGGCAGAGCGUGGCGAACAGCAGCGGCUACACCACCUACUCCUCUACCCGCACCAAGGAGACCGCCGCCUCCAGCAGCGGCUACCACACCGUCUUCUCCGCCAAGAUGGACAUCUCGCCUGGAUUUACCUCCAGCUUCCUCUUCCCCACCGCCGCCGGGUACAACACCUGCUCCUCCGGGCGGACGGAGGACAGCGGCAUCGGGGACUCGGUGAUCCUGCAGGCCGAUCUGAGAGACUUCAGUCCGGCAUCUCCUUCCUCUGCCUCACUGGACAGCGUUUACCACAACACGCUGCCCGCCUUCCCCGCCACGCCCGACGCCGCGCUGCAGGAGAGGAGCGCCAUCUCCUCCUCGGCACUGCUGCUGGAAGAUGUCAUCCAGGAGGAGGAGGGUUCAGGAAGAGGCGUGGAGCAGCAUUACUCUUCCCUCACGCUUCCCUGUCGCAGGGCAGAGCCCGCCGCCGCCGGGAACAGCCGCAAAGACUUCCUGAAGAGUCGAAUCAGACGACUCAGCGACUGGACGGGAAGUCUGAGCAGGAAGAAGAGGCGGAUCCAGGAGCCGCACGGCAGCGACACCAGUGACCUUUUUCUUCGCGGCUCGCUGUGGUCCUCCAACCCGCUCCACUCUCUGAACCAGAACCAGUUCCCAGCAUUUCACUGUGGCUCCUCCAGAAGCCUGAACCUGAACCUGAACCAGAACCAGAACCAGAACCAGAGUGACAUCCAGCGGCAGAACGUUUACGAGAACUUCAUGCAGGAGCUGGAGACGGGCUGCAGCAGCGCCACCGACUGCACCGAGAUUUCAGAGGGCGAGGAGGAGGAGGAGGAGGAGGAGGAGCCGGAUAGAGAUGUGGAGGUCAGAGGAGGCAAGCAGCUGGACGUCCUGUUUGAGAAGGAGCAGGGCGUGGUGCGGCGGGCCGGGUGGCUCUCCUUCAAAGCCCUCCUCACCGUCAGCAGGGACGGGAAGCUGGAGCUGGUCGCUCGCCGCAAGUGGAGACACUACUGGGUCACUCUGAAAGGCUGCACUCUGCUGUUCUAUGAGACUUACAUGAAAACCGUCAGCGCGGAGCGGGAACGGUCUCCUCGUUACGCUCUGCUGGCCGACGAUAGCAUCGUCCAGGCCGUCCCCGAACAUCCCAAGAAGGAGCACGUCUUCUGUCUGAGCAACUCGCACGGAGACGUCUACCUGUUCCAGGCCACCACGCAGACCGACCUGGAGAACUGGGUGACGGCGAUCCACUCGGCGAGUGCCUCGCUGCUGGCGAAGCGUCACGGGACGGAGGACACGCUGCGGCUGCUGCGCCGCCAGAGCCGCUCGCUGCUGCACAAGAUCGACAUGGACUAAAAAAUGAGGAAGAUGGCAGAGCUGCAGCUGAGCGUCAUCAAGGAGCUCAAGAACAGGAGGGCUGUGGAGAGCCAGAUCCAGCAGUGGGAGCAGAACCUGGAGAAGCUGAACCUGGAUCUGUUCCGGCUGCGCUGCUACCUGUCCAGCCUGCAGGGCGGCGAGCUCCCGAACCCCAAGAGCCUCCUCGCCGUCGCCAGCCGGCCCUCCAAGAGCUCGCUGGGACGCCUGGGGGUCUUCUCCGUGUCCUCCUUCCACGCUCUGGUGUGCAGCAGAGACGAGGGGACGCUGAGGCGGCGCUGUCGCUCGCUGUCCACGGGAGGCGGCAGGAGGAGGAGGGGCCUGCCGUCCUCUCUGAGGACUCUGGACGGACUCAAGAGACGCAGCGGGGACAACGGACACUCCACGUCCCAGGUGAAAUGUGACGCUGUGAGCUGGCGGAGGGCGGCGGCGCCCCCCGCGGGACGUCCUGCGGCGCUGCAGAUGUUUGAUGAGCUGAAGCUGUCGGCUGUUUUCACUCUGAACGUCUGUCGACGCCACGAGGAGCACGACUGUGGUUUUGCGGUGACGGGUCACGUGGACGGAGCGGGAAAAAGUCACGUGUUCGUGAGCGAGGUGGAGCCGUGCGGGCCGUCGGCUGCAGAAGGUCAGAGGGGGGGGGACGAGGUGCUGGCUGUGAACGGGGCCAUGGUCUCCGGUCUGGACCUGGACCUCCUGCAGAGUCUCUUCAGCCAGCAGAAGCUGCAGCUGCUGCUCCGUAGAGACCAGGACGCCCCCGAGCCGCCGCAGCCGCCGGCGCCACCAGACCUCCACACCUGCACUGUGACCGUACCACACACACACACACCACUUCCUGUUUGUGACGACGUCUCGUCAGAGCGCCGCGAGGACGGCGAGCUGCAGCGACGGAACGUGGAGCGGGUUCACGCUCUUUACCAAACCUUCCCAGAAGGCCGAGUGGCGGAGGCAGACGUCCCCAGGAACCCGUACGGCCGAGAGGCGGCGCGGCGCGGCGGCCCCGCCCACCUGAGCGUGUGUCAGCGUCUGGUUAAAGUGGUGGAGGAGCUGGUGGACACGGAGAAGUCGUACGUGAAGGACCUGGUCUGUCUGUUUGACGUCUACCUGACUCCACUGCAGAGGGAGACCUUCCUCAGUAAAGACGAGAUGGAGCUGCUGUUCGGCAGCCUGCCGGAGAUGUUGGACUUCCAGAGAGUUUUCCUGCAGACGCUGGAGGAGCGAAUCGCCUCGUGUCCGAACUUCAGCCGUCUGGAGACGCCGGCGCAGUUCAAGAAGCUCCUCUUCUCUCUGGGAGGAUCCUUUCUUUACUACGCCGACCACUUCAAGCACUACAGCGGCUUCUGUGCCAACCACACCAAAGUCCAGAAGGUCCUGGAGAGAGCGAAGACGGACGGAGCCUUCAAACACUUCCUGGAGGCGAGGAAUCCGACCAAUCAGCACUCGGCGUCUCUGGAGUCGUACCUGAUCAAACCGGUUCAGAGAGUCCUGAAGUAUCCGCUGCUGCUCAGAGAACUGGUGUCCCUGACUGACCCCGACAGCCCCGAACACACACACCUCACAGAGGCGCUGAGAGCGAUGGAGAAAGUGGCGUCUCACAUCAACGAGAUGCAGAAGAUCUACGAGGAUUACGGCUGUGUGUUCGAGCAGCUGGCUGCAGAGCAGAGCGCACCUGACAAACAGGUGACGGAGAUCUCGAUGGGGGAGUUCCUGGUGCACUCGUCUGCAGUGUGGUUGAACCCGCUGCCCUCUCUGGGCCGGCUGAGGAAGGAUCCAGAGCUCACGCUGUUCGUGUUCAAACGAGCCGUCGUCCUGGUUUAUCGCGAGAGCAGCAAGCUGAAGAAGAGGACGACCGGCUCUCGAUCAGCUGAUCUGGACCCCUUCAGGUUCCGCUGGUUGAUCCCAGUCUCAGCGGUCCAGGUCAGACCGGCCAACGUCACAGAGAACGAGUGUGUGUGGGAGCUGGUCCACAGCCGGUCGGAGGUGGAGGGACGACCGGAGACCGUGUUUCAGCUCUGCAGCAGCGGUUUGGAGACGAAGGCGAGCGUGCUGCGAGCUCUGCGCUCCCUCCUCAGAGACCGACCGGCCGCCGGCUCCCUGAGGAGGAGCAGGCUGUCGACGGCGGAGAGGAGCGGCUCCUGGAGGAGGCGACAGCAGCGAAGUCGCUCCGACGCCCAGCGGACGCCACAUCAUCAGCUGGAGGAAGGCCGCAGGCCCGAUGGCUCCUCCGUCCUGGGAGAGACCUGCUCGGAGCCUCUGCUGCCCAGCCACGCCGCCGACCCCGCGGGGAAGAGGACCAGACUGUGCUCCCUGACCGGUGAGCUAGAGGCCCAGCUGCAGAGGCUCAACUUCACAGAGGAGGAGGAGCGAGGGGCGGCGGCGGAGAAGAGACGCAGAUCCAGCCUGCGCCAAGGAGACGGGGCGGACCUGAGCAGCCUGCUGGAGAGAGACUUCAGCGUUCAGAGCAUGAGCUCCGUGAUCAACGAGGACUGUUUCUACGACGCCGCGCUGCAGCCCGCCGUGCCCGCGCUGCAGCGCUAAUGCUAACGUGCUAACACGGAGGAGACUCAGGACCGGAAAACUGUUUCUCACAUCCGACCUCCAUCACAGGAAGUCCUCACAUAUCAGCUGACUGUCGUCACCGCAAGAUCACACGGCAGGAAAAAGUCUCAUCAAAACAUUUUGGGAUAUGAGGACUUUUGGCAGCCGUCUGAUCGGCGAGGAGCUCAACAACAACAGUAACUUCUGCUCGCAAAAACAAAUGCGUGAUUCCAGAAGAGGAAGUCCGAUCAGCUGAGAUUUGACCAGCUAACGUCAGAAAUUUCCGAGAUUUCUUUCUUCAGUUUGAGUCAGUGUGAGCAGAAACACAUUUACAGAAUAAAAUCAAAACAGUUUGAGAAAAAAGUUCAAAUGUUACAAAAAUACAAACAAAAC